UUUUGUCUGCACGCGCGUGACGGCGCAGGGAAACCCCACGUCCGCCGCGCGUGCAUCGCCGGUGACGUAUCAUGUACAGUGUGACAGCGCGACUCCGCCGAAGGUGGAAAACAAAGCGCAAAAAGCUGAACUGUCAGGUGAGUCAGGAGAUCGCGCAUGGAGUCCGCGUCGCUUUCGGCGAUCGCUCUUGAUGCUCGUCUGGACAAGCGUGAAGUAUCCCAGUUUACCUUUCAUCUGCGACCCGUGAUUUCUGGUCAUUUCCACAAAAGCCCAGGGCAUGACGACAUCAAGGGUUCGACACCUGCGAAAGGAGCCGAAUGGCACGGAUUGAAAUGAACUGUGCCUAUUUAUAAUUUCUACAAUCGUUAUUUAUCUGUAGUUUUGCGCUUUUCAAAUACCGCUAUUUUUUUUUUUUUUAUAACUGCGCAUAUUGCUGUUCUGCACUAUAAUUAUAUUCAGAACAGUAAUUAAGUUAGCGAUAUUUGUAGCUAAUUAAAUAGACGCAGACAUCACGCUUCCUAUUCAGAACAGUAACGUUAAUUAUUUAAGUUUAGCGAUAUUUGUAGUUAAAUAGACGCUCGUUGUUGUUGGUCACCAUCGAAACGGGAGGAGCGCGGGACCGAUACACGCGUCAAAUGAAUCGCAUCUCUUUUCUCCGAAGCGCUUUUUUUUCGCCGAAUGAAAACUGAGAAGAGCGCUUUAAUUGGACAAAGGGAUACCCGAGGACUCAACUAUGGUAAAAUUAGGGUACGUUACCUCGCGAACGCGUUCCAGUCACACAGAGUUCAGCGUCCCACAUGUCACGAGCUAAAUUAGUCUGGCGUCACUUUACCGGACCUGGGAUCGUUUUUGAGGAAUUACGCGACGUGAACAGUACCCCACUCGCCUAUAGAAAACUUGGAUAAGUGAGCGUUGAGCGUUGCUGAUGAAGUUGCCGCUGUGCGGAGCCUCGCGUGCCCAGGGCGCGAAGAGAGUGGCGGGAAGGUCAGCUUGAGCUCGAGACACUCCGCUGGACUGCGCGCGUGAGGAUGCCGGUUCGACGGGGGCACGUCGCGCCGCAAAACACUUUCCUCGACACGAUCAUCAGGAAAUUCGAGAGUCAAAGUAGGAAGUUCAUCAUAGCCAAUGCGCGGGUGGAGAACUGCGCCAUCAUCUUCUGUAACGAUGGCUUCUGUCACAUGUGCGGCUACACGAGGGCUGAAAUCAUGCAAAAGCCAUGCACCUGCAACUUCCUGUACGGCCCACACACCAAGAGGCUGGCCAUCGCGCAGAUGGCACAGGCGCUGCUGGGGUCAGAAGAGAGGAAGGUGGAGAUAGCGCUCUACAGGAAGGACGGUGCGUGUUUCCUGUGUUUGGUGGAUGUGGUUCCUGUGAAGAAUGAAGAUGGCGUGGUGAUCAUGUUUAUUCUGAAUUUUGAGGUCAUGCCAGACGAUAAACUACACGACCCACAGGAUCUCAAUCAUAAGCUGCCUGUGUUGUGGCGCCAUUCAAAUCGAGCUCGUGGCAUCCGUUUGCGUCUGCCGCUCCUGAACUCCAGGAAUAACAGUAAAUCUUCUCUGCGGGAGGAUCCGGAGGCCGGACGAGGAACAGGUUUCCCCAGUAGCUCCCGUCCACAAAGCCACGAAUCCCUGGCUCUGGGUGAGCUGCUGUCCCUCCCUGAACACGAGCCGCCCCGUCUGACCAGCGCAGCCACUCCGUCCUCGCUGCUGCCCGAAGACCAGUGCAACCUCCUGAGCAGCGACCCCUCGUCCCCUUCUCCGGCCCCGCCGCACCCCACCGCGCUGCCCCUGGGUCACUCCUCUCCCCGACCACAGCGGCUCAAUCCGGACGCCUCCGUGUCCAACUGCAGCCUGACUAACAGCCGCUCACGCGAGAGCUUUCACAGCAUGCGCCGCGCAUCUUCAGUGGACGACAUCGAGGCCAUGCGGCCCGAAUGGGACCGGAAGCACCGCGCUCGACCCACCAGCAGCAGCACGGGUGCCAUGAACAACAAAUCCAACAUCCUGAACUCUACCUCUGAUUCGGAUCUGAUGCGUUACCGCGCCAUCAGUAAAAUCCCACAGAUCACGCUCAACUUUGUGGACUUCAAACCGGACCCUCUCAUCGCCCUCCCGGCCGGAGAAAUGGACAUCAUCGCGCCCUGCAAACUCAUCGACCGCACGCACAACGUCACCGAGAAAGUAACUCAGGUGCUGUCGCUGGGCGCUGACGUUCUGCCGGAGUACAAGCUCCAGACGCCGCGCAUCCACAAGUGGACAGUGCUGCACUACAGCCCGUUCAAGGCGGUGUGGGACUGGCUCAUCCUGCUGCUGGUGAUCUACACGGCCAUCCUCACGCCGUACUCCGCCGCCUUCCUGCUCAACGGAGACGAGGACGGCUCCGGGCAGAACUGCAGCUACUCCUGCAGCCCGCUCAACGUGGUGGACCUCAUCGUGGACAUCAUGUUCAUCAUCGACAUCAUCAUCAACUUCCGCACAACCUACGUCAACGCCAACGACGAGGUGGUCAGCCACCCGCUGCGCAUCGCCGUGCAUUACUUCAAAGGCUGGUUCCUCAUCGACAUGGUGGCCGCCAUUCCCUUCGACCUGCUCAUAGACCGCACCGGGGAGGAGAUGGGUGCAGAGCCGACUCAGCAGACCACCCUCAUCGGGCUGCUCAAGACGGCGCGUCUUCUGCGUCUGGUGCGAGUGGCGCGUAAACUGGACCGUUACUCUGAGUACGGCGCGGCUGUCCUCUUCCUGCUGAUGUGCACGUUCGCUCUGAUCGCUCAUUGGCUGGCCUGUAUCUGGUACGCCAUCGGGAACGUGGAGCAGAACCGCUCCAUCGGCUGGCUGCACGCGCUCGGCGUGGAUCUGGGCAAACCACACAACAGCAGCAUCAAGGGAUCUGGACCCAGCAUCAAGGACAAAUAUGUGACCGCUUUAUACUUCACCUUCAGCAGCCUGACCAGCGUGGGCUUCGGGAACGUGUCGCCCAACACCAACUCCGAGAAGAUCUUCUCCAUCUGCGUCAUGCUGAUUGGAUCGCUCAUGUACGCCAGUAUCUUCGGGAACGUGUCAGCCAUCAUCCAGCGGCUGUACUCCGGAACGGCUCGUUAUCACACUCAGAUGCUGCGGGUGAGAGAGUUCAUCCGCUUCCAUCAGAUUCCCAACCCGCUGCGCCAGAGACUGGAGGAAUAUUUCCAACACGCCUGGUCCUACACCAACGGCAUCGACAUGAACGCCGUGCUGAAGGGUUUCCCAGAGUGUCUGCAGGCUGAUAUCUGUCUGCAUCUGAACCGGACUCUCCUGCAGAACUGUAAAGCGUUCAAGGGCUCCAGUAAAGGGUGUCUGCGAGCGCUGGCCAUGAAGUUCAAGACCACACACGCCCCGCCGGGAGACACACUGGUGCACGCCGGAGACGUCCUGACCGCGCUCUACUUCAUCUCCCGCGGCUCCAUCGAGAUCUUACGUGGUGAUGUUGUGGUGGCUAUCUUAGGGAAGAAUGAUAUAUUCGGUGAGCCCAUCAACCUGUACGCACGGCCCGGCAAAUCUAACGCAGACGUGAGGGCGCUGACGUACUGCGACCUCCAUAAGAUCCACAGAGAAGAUGUGCUGGAGGUGCUGGAUAUGUACCCGGAGUUCUCUGACCACUUCUGGAGCAACCUGGAGAUCACCUUUAACCUCAGAGACACAAACAUGAUUCCCGGAUCUCCCAGCAGCGAUGAUUCAGACUGCGUCGGAUUCAACAAACUGCGGAGGAGAAAACUUUCAUUCCGACGACGGACAGAAAAAGAUGAUGCCGAUGCUGGAGAGAUCAAGAAGAAUCAGAAACCCGUCCGGAGAGGCAGAAAACAAGCAGCCUGUAACAAGAACGAACUCAAACCGGGGUGGGAGGAGCCUCGCAAUUCUAUCUCCUCCCACUCCAGUGGUGAUGAGGGGGAGGAGCCUGUGAACACAUGCCCCACCCCUCCUACCACACUCAUGGAUGUGACUGAGGGAGAGGGCGAUCCCAAAACAGGAAACACGUGCAACGCCCUAUCAGGUGCAUUCUCAGGUGUGUCUAAUAUCUUCAGUUUUUGGGGUGACAGUCGGGGGAGGCAGUAUCAGGAGGUGCCCCGCUGCAAUCUCCCGUCGCCCUCGCCGCAUCCCAGCACCCCCCUGCGCAGCAUCAGCCGCCAGCAGCGCAACCAGAUGGAGAGCAGACUGGAGCUGCUGCAGAAACAGCUCAACAGACUGGAGAGUCGCAUGUCGACGGAUAUCGGCGCGAUCAUGCAGCUCCUGCAGAGGCAGAUGAUGCUGGUUCCUCCGUCCUACAGCAGCGUUUCCUCCCCGCCGCAGGUGUCCAUGUUCCCCGAGAUCCUCGUGCAGCCCGUCACGCCGCUGGAGUCCAAAACACCAGCUUCUCUCUCACAGUCCUGUGAGUUUCUCAGCAGCUCCGCGGAGCUCCAUCCAGCGGUCAGCGCCGCUCCUCGACCCGGAUUCUCCAGCCUCGGGGCCCGACUGGAGCUGGAGCCCGACCCCGACAUCCACCGGCGCUUCUCCCUACAGGAGCCACACACGUCGCUGAGCUCACAGACGCCACAGAAACACGGCUCAGACCCCGGGAGCUAGAGAGACCACCGCCAGACCAGAGGAGAACAAACCGGACCAAAACCUGGCUCUGGUUUUGCACUGCGGAGGUUCAGAGAUUCACUGGAGGCGGUUUACUCGUCUUUACUGCUGUCAUCCAGUAUUGGAUAUCCCUAAACGAAUAAUGAUGAUUCUUACUAAUUUCAAGUAGCCAUUAUGUCUUGCACUGAAUUUUCCAGACUCUCUCGAUCUUUAACUUCACGUCUGCGGCGCUUCCAAAACUGACUGAACUCGUUAGUGUUAGCUGGCCUAACAGAAGAAAACCCUUCUAAUAAUAAUAACCAGAUGUGUUCUGUGUGUCUGUCCUGUCAUUGCCUUCAUUUCCUGUGCGUCGAUGAAGGAGGCGGAGCCUUAGGCCCCGCCCAAGCACACUGGAUUGGCUGGACGAGGCGAUUGGCGGGUGUUUAAAGCUAUGCCGUUACUGAUGAAGCAUAUCAUGUGUUGUGACACUGGAUGAACAAUAUGCAAAGAGUUGAUCGCGCGUCACGUCCCGCUUGGCUUCCGUUCGUUUGUUUUUCAGCUUUUUCUUUCCACCCGAUGUGAUUUUUGUAGUUAGAACACACUAGCUUUAGCAAUACCGAAUCCUUUAAACCACAAACGAAACCAAAUAUUGAAGAUUGGGUUGGACCAAAUGUUUUUCGUUGGUUUUUCCUCAUCGUCUGUGGUGUUUACGGCCUGCAGCCACAGUCACGUGAUUAUUAAUUAUCAUUUGGUACAUUUAUGAGCUCUUGAACUUGAAAAUGAAUUGGUUUUGGUUUUUCCAUUGAUUUGUGGACCAAUGAAAAAAUAAACUUUAUAUAAGCUCUUAAGCAUGCGAUAAUAAACACUUUUAAUAUUUAGCCAUUUAUUUUAUAUCAGACUUACCAUUAUUAUAUUUAAAUGACUAUAAUAUUUAAUAUAAGCAUUCUUGAGGAAGGAAGACAUAUUAGCAUGAGAACGUGUUGUGCAUCAGCAUCCGUACGUGAAUCAUGACCACGAUUGUAUCGUUCUGCCUCUAGGCUUGAAUUUAGAGGAUUUUAAUUGUGAUUUAUGUUUUGUUGAUACCAAAUAUUAUAUCUAAUUUGAAUUCAACUGGUAAACUGAACAUAAGGACGGUCGAUUUCACCGCGUCUGAUCAAACGUGUGUCUGUGUCAAUGUGAAAGAACUGUUCAACACUACUGCAUUAAUUAACUAUUGUCACGUUUACUAUGAUUAGUGCUGGAGUUUGCACUUGUUUAUGUAGUUCAUGUUUGUUAUUAUUAUUAUCAUUAUUGUCUCUAUAAAUUCUGUGUAUACGAGUCUUUUUACCGUCAUAUACGGGUGAAUCUCACAAUAACACACAUCAGGUCAAAUUUUACCCCAAUAUCAAAAACAAGGCAACAAAAAGAUAUAUUGGCAUAAAGUUGGCAAAAUCUAUUUUUAGGAUUUUUCUAGUUUGUAUUAUUCUCAGUGAUUAUUCUCAUUGUUCAUUAUUGCAAUUUUGUAAACAAAUACUGCUUAUACAAAUAUAAAUAUUUGUAAAUUUAUAUUUAAUUAGUUUUGACCCCCCCCCAAAAAAAACAACAAUCCCCGAUCCUAAAAUAAAUAAAUAAUAUCUAUCUAUCUAUCUAUAUAAAUGAUUUGUUUUAUAUAAUCAGGGGAUUUGUUUUGUUGGUUUUUUUUUACAUUAUGGAAGUUUUUCGGGACAUUUUCUCAAAAAUGAUUUUUUGUGAGAUUCACUCUCACGUGGCUCUAGUAUUUUGUUGGUAAAGUCUCUGACACACGAAGUCAUUUAGUUUUAGUUUUGGUUGUUUGCUAGUAAUCCAGGUUUGCUCUUAAUCUGUGUCAGGUGGCUGUGAGCGCAGAAAUGCAGCCUGCUCGAUUCACAAAACACGGCUUCAUUGUCCUAAUGCUCCGACAGUAAUUAAUGGAGGUUAUAUAACAAGAUUAUUGUGUUUGAUUCUGUGAUUAUUCUCCACAUCACUGGAUGAUGAUCUGUCCUGCUGAAUGGGUUUUGUGUGUGCAGUGUGUGUUUUUCUCCUGACGCUCGGUGAACCGCUGUGCACUUUACACCAUCUCUCUUACUGAAGAGGAGGAUCUCUGCUCUCUUUACAUCUAUUUACAGGGAUUUGAAGCCAAGGGCAUUUAUGCCAUCAACUUUAGACACAGAUCACAUAAAACCGGCCAAACGCACCCAAAUCCAUGCGAUUAUACUAUUAAACAGGCUUUACCAGUGCGUCAGUUUCCAAUCAUGAAUCUUGUAUAUACGUGUUUUUCAAUCUGUUGGGUUUUAAUUUAUUUUGCUCAUUCGUUUACACUGGAUUGCUAUUUUUCUCCUUCCCGAUUUUGCUGUACAUAAGGAAGUCUUGUAAAGAAAUGAAUUCUUGGCAUCCCUAUAGCCGACACUAUGCAGAAUCGCAUUUCCUUGGCAUGCUUCGAAAUGCAGAAAAUAAAUAAAAAAGAGAAAUACUGUAGAGGAAAAUAAAUAUGUUUGACCUUUUUUCUUUCUUUUUUUAAAUAAACAUGUGAAUAUCUCUGUUAAUAAUGAUGUAAGUAUAUCAGUUAUUAUAUAAUAUAUAUAUAUAAAGGUGAUAACAAAGACAGAUUGAACUUGUGCACAUUUUAUCUGCAUGCUGCACUGCGAAUCUUCUGCGGCUCUUUCACAGAAUGUGUCGACUGAAGCACUGUACUUCCAGCUCACUGAGAGUCAUUUCACGUUCUUCCAGCGUGUGGAAGGAUGGACAUGUGACACUGGACACUGCUGUUACGUUACUGAGGUCUGGAAUCAUGUUGAAAUGAGCUGACGAGAUCGGACAGACUCCAGAAAGUCUUGAUUGUGUGCUAGCAUUAUAA